AUCGCAAACUCUUUCUCACAGCAAAAAUCGUCCGAAGCAACUAGAAAAAUUCUCUGAGACGACUCACCCACCGAAUUCAUUAAUGACAAACGGAAACCCGGAAUCGCAGAGCGAAAAGAUGCCGAUGGUGAAGAUGGAAAUGGAGGAUCCUUUGGAAGAAGAGCAUGGACCACUCUCCAAGCGUCACAAACAGAGUUUGGGAAUGGGAGGUUUUCUGGAGUCAGUUUCGCAAUAUCACCCACUUGAUGAGCCGAGUCCAUUGGGUUUGCAACUGAGAAAAAGCCCAUCUCUUCUAGAGUUGAUUCAAGCGAAGCUUUCUCAAGCUAGAGCUUCCAAAGUUGGAAGUCAUGGUCAUGGUAAAAGGGAACAGAGAGGUGGUGCUUCUGGUUCUACUGAUAAGCUGAAGGCCUCCAACUUUCCCGCCUCGAUUCUUAGAAUUGGGACCUGGGAGUACAAAUCGAGAUAUGAAGGGGACUUGGUUGCAAAAUGUUACUUUGCAAAGCAUAAGCUGGUGUGGGAAGUUCUUGAUGGGGGACUGAAGAAUAAGAUUGAAAUUCAAUGGUCUGAUAUAAUGGCUCUCAAGGCAAAUUACCCUGAGGAUGGGCCUGGGUUUAUAGAUGUUGUGUUGGCCAGGCAACCUCUUUUCUACAGAGAGACUAAUCCACAACCUAGAAAGCACACCCUUUGGCAGGCAACAACAGAUUUUACUGGUGGACAGGCUAGCAAACAUAGGCAACAUUAUCUGGAGUGCCCACAAGGCUUGCUUGGAAAGCAUUUCGAAAAACUCAUUCAAUGUGAUCCCCGUCUCAACUUUCUCAGUCAGCAAGGAGAGAUAACAUUGGAUUCUCCAUAUUUUGAACCCAGGGUCUCUGUGUUUGAUGAUCCAAGUGAAAACAAUAGUGGGUUUGAUAUGAAUAGCGGGGAGAGUUCUUCCUUUUCUAACUUACGGGACCCAGCUUCGCCAUCUGGAGCUCAAUCAUCUUCUUCAAAAUAUGAACACGAUGCUCUUGGUAGACAUUCAGAAUCUUACCCUCGCGAAACACCGUCACCAAGCUCAGGUAGAACUGUAUUUUGUUGAUGAAAUGUAUGCUAAACUUAGUGUUUUUGUUACAGAGUAGUAUACUCAUUUAAACUUUUUUAAUACAUAAAGAAGUAUAUCUCGCCUGUCAUGCUCUCUAUUUAAUUGUUUGAGGAUGGCAUGGCUUCUUUUACCUCUUCUUAUCUACUUGCAAGAACGGAACCCUUAAUCCUGUAUAUAAAUUUCCCCCAUGAUUAUUUGUUUUUCGUUUAAUUACAAUUAUUAGUGCAUUUAUCGAAAACUGGUUUGGAACAUCUCGCCUUUGAUGAAAUAAAGAAAAAUGAAUGAGAGACAAAGCUGAAGUUACUAUAGGGUGUGAUCUUUUGGGUUUUGGCUAACAAGUUGAUCAUCCUUGUGCAUCUUUUUAAUUUACCUAUUAUAGAGCCACAGUCUGACACUGGAAAGGAAGCAUAAAUUGGUUUGUAUUAUAAAAUUUUGUUACUGGAGGAAUUUCAAACCCAUUGGCACCUCUAGGUUAAACAGAAAAAUGCAUGAAUUAAAUAUAUUUGGGAAGUGUUCCAAAUAUCUAUAGUCUCUUGUGGAAAAAUUGCAGUUCAAUUGUGAUUUGAUAGUGUUUCAAAUUGUUAGGAUGAUAGGCAGGGAUUUAGAGGCCGGCGAGCUAGGGCGGCCGACCUAGGUGGAUUCUCCAGGAGGAUU